UUGUGACCAUGUGCUCGUACCCGAGGCCGCAGGGACCUGACUCAUUUGAUGUAUUGAGAAGAGAGAGAGAGAGUGCAGGGUAUUUGCAGCACCUGCAGCUCUGCUCGGGUUGUGGCCCCAUCGCAGUGAUGUACUUUACCUGCUGUUCGCAGACCGGCCGCAAACACGACGACGACGCGUUGCUGUGGGCGGAUGUGCGGGGCGGACGACGGGAACCAGAUCAGAUCAGAUCGGCGCAGCUCCAGAGGGGAGGAACCGAGGGGUUCGGCAGCCCGUCUCCCCUGCCGUCCCGCACUCGUCCCCUGCAGACACCCAGGAUGCGUCGAUCCCUGCUUGUGCUUGCGCUGUACUUCAGCAGCGUGGCCUCCCUCAAGGUGUGCUCCUUCAACGUGCGUUCCUUCGGCGAAAACAAGGUGAAUAAACCGGAUGUGCUCGACAUCAUCACGAAGUGCAUCAAGCGCUGUGACAUCAUGCUCAUGAUGGAGAUCAAAGACACCAAAGGUCAAGCUCUGCCUCAGCUCAUGUCCCACCUGAACAGCGGAUCUGGGAAGAAGAAAAACGAGUUUGAGUUUGUCAUCAGCGAGCGGCUCGGGAGGAAAUCCUACAAGGAGCAGUACGCCUUCAUCUACAGGCAGAGGCUCGUGUCCCCGAAGGCCGUGUACCAGUAUCCAGACACGCAGAGCGGAGACGAGGACGCCUUUUCCCGGGAGCCCUUCGUCGUGUGGUUCUCCUCUCCCAAAACAGCCGUCAAGGAAUUUGUCUUCAUCGCCAUCCACACAACGCCAGUGUUGGCGGUGCGAGAGAUCGAUGAGCUGUACGACGUGCAGCAGGACGUCAAGAAGCAGUGGACGUCGCAGAACUUUGUCUUCAUGGGAGACUUCAACGCGGCCUGCGGCUACGUGCCCAAGAAGCAGUGGAGGAACAUCCGUCUCAGGUCAAACGACAGCUUCGCAUGGCUGAUCGAUGACCGCACUGACACCACGGUGAAGAACUCCACCAAGUGCGCCUACGACAGAGUGGUCCUCCACGGAGACGAGAUGAUCGAAGCGGUGAACCAGUCCUCGGUGGAGGUGUUUGACUUCAAAACCGCCUACAAUCUCACAGAAGAACAGGCGCUGGCGGUGAGUGACCAUUUCCCCAUCGGCUUCAGCAUCAGCGCAGCUUCCCCAAGAUGCCGGAGGUGUCGACUAAGGAGUCGAACAGGUCGGUCAUCGUCCAUCCUGAGGAGGGAGAGCGGAGGGUGACGCUGAGCUCCCUGGAGAAGAAACCCAGACUCCCUCACUGGGACUCGGCGCAUUCCAGCAUCGGCUUUCACUGUUGCUAGGAGACCGUUUGUUUUUCUGAGCCGCGGCCUCUUAUUCUGUAGUUGCAUUUAAUUUUUAACGUUACAGCAUCGCAUGUUUACCUACAAUUAUUGCCUGUAGUGUUUCUAAGAAAUAAUUAGAGGACCAUUAAACAUUUAUUUCACCUUU